GCGACUGGUUGCGGCCAGGACUCCGUCCAAUCAGCGGAGAGCGACGCUCCUUCUUGAGGAAGUGACGCGCUCGGAACUCAUUGGGGGCGGUGGGAGCUAUGCGGACGCUGAGACGCUGGUAGUGGCUCUGUGAAGAUGGAGUUUCCCGGAGGAAAUGACAAUUACUUGACGAUCACUGGGCCCUCGCACCCCUUCCUGUCAGGGGCCGAGACCUUCCAUACACCAAGCUUGGGCGAUGAGGAAUUUGAAAUCCCUCCUAUCUCCUUGGACUCUGAUCCCUCACUGGCUGUCUCAGAUGUGGUUGGGCACUUUGAUGACCUGGCAGACCCCUCCUCUUCACAGGAUGGCAGCUUUUCAGCUCAAUACGGGGUCCAGACGUUGGACAUGCCAGUGAGCAUGACCCAUGGCUUGAUGGAGCAAGGCGGGGGCCUCCUGAGUGGGGGCUUGACUAUGGACCUGGACCAUUCUAUAGGAACUCAGUAUAGUGCCAACCCACCUGUUACAAUUGAUGUACCAAUGACAGACAUGACAUCUGGCUUAAUAGGACACAGCCAGUUGACCACUAUUGAUCAGUCAGAACUGAGUUCUCAACUUGGUUUGAGUUUAGGGGGUGGCACCAUCUUGCCACCUGCCCAGUCACCUGAGGAUCGUCUUUCAACUACUCCUUCACCUACGAAUUCACUUCAUGAAGAUGGUGUUGAUGAUUUCCGGAGGCAACUUCCCAGCCAGAAGACAAUGGUAGUGGAAACAGGGAAAAAGCAAAAGGCUCCCAAGAAGAGAAAAAAGAAAGACCCUAAUGAACCUCAGAAGCCAGUCUCUGCAUAUGCAUUAUUCUUCCGUGAUACUCAGGCUGCCAUCAAGGGACAGAACCCCAAUGCCACCUUUGGUGAGGUGUCGAAGAUUGUGGCUUCCAUGUGGGACAGUCUUGGAGAAGAGCAAAAACAGGUGUACAAGCGGAAAACUGAAGCUGCCAAGAAAGAGUAUCUCAAGGCGCUAGCUGCUUAUAAAGACAACCAGGAGUGUCAGGCUACUGUGGAAACAGUGGAAUUAGAUCCCAUGCCACAGUCACAGACUCCUUCACCACCUCCUGUGACUACUGUGGACCCAGCAUCUCCAGCACCAGCCUCAACGGAGUCCCCUGCUUUGUCCCCUUGCAUUGUGGUUAAUUCCACACUCUCGUCUUACGUGGCGAACCAGGCAUCUUCUGGGGCUGGGGGUCAGCCCAACAUUACCAAGUUGAUCAUUACCAAACAGAUGUUGCCCUCUUCUAUUACCAUGUCUCAGGGAGGAAUGGUUACUGUUAUCCCAGCCACAGUGGUCACCUCCCGUGGGCUCCAACUAGGCCAAACAAGUACAGCUACUAUUCAGCCCAGCCAGCAGGCCCAGAUUGUUACUCGGUCAGUGUUGCAGGCAGCAGCAGCAGCUGCUGCUUCUAUGCAGUUGCCUCCACCCCGACUACAGCCUCCUCCAUUGCAACAGAUGCCUCAGCCCCCAACUCAACAGCAAGUCACCAUUCUGCAGCAACCUCCUCCACUUCAGGCCAUGCAACAACCUCCACCUCAGAAAGUUAGAAUCAACUUACAACAGCAGCCACCACCUCUGCAGAGCAAGAUUGUGCCUCCACCCACUCUGAAAAUACAGACUACCCUGGUCCCCCCAACUGUAGAAAACAGUCCUGAGCAGCCUAUGAACAGCAGCCCUGAGGCCCACACAGUAGAGGCAACCUCUCCUGAGACAAUCUGUGAAAUGAUCACAGAUGUAGUUCCUGAGGUCGAGUCUCCUUCUCAGAUGGAUGUGGAACUGGUGAGUGGAUCCCCUGUGACACUGUCACCUCAGCCUCGAUGUGUGAGGUCUGGUUGUGAGAACCCUCCCGUUAUCAGUAAGGACUGGGACAACGAAUACUGCAGCAAUGAGUGUGUGGUGAAGCACUGCAGGGAUGUAUUCUUGGCUUGGGUGGCCUCUAGAAAUCCGAACUCUGUGGUGUUUGUGAAGUAGCCUUCCUCUUCUCCAAGCCUUGAAGAUUCAUCUGCCGGACACGAGUCCAAAAGCCUGUUUUUGAAACACAAGCUGGGCUUCUGGUAGUGCCUGACCUUUACCCGUGCCCCCACCUCCCUUUUCUUUCUUCAGGAGAGGCCAGACUAUGUAGCAGGGCCAGCGAGUUUACUGUAAUUUAGAAUUGCUUUUUAUUCUCAACUGCAAACAAAAUUACCAGGUUGAUAGCACAGGAAAGGGUGAUGGGAAUAUGGAAGCAAAUCAUAGGAGGUUAUUAGAAGAAAUGUGUCGGUAAAAUUGCGAGAGGACUUGCCUAAGAUGUUAUUGGGAGAGUGCUUAGCUUGCUCCUAGGAAGAAACAGCACUGGGAUGAGAGUGGUAAAAUACAUUGGUUUAAGUCCCAAAUUAAAGAGGAAUGGAAAUACUGAUUUAAAGAAAAAUAUACCCCCUUUAAAAGGGACUUGGUUAUGACUUAUCACAAAGGAAGCGGAGUUCAGUCCCCAGGCAGGAAGAUAAGGAGUUCUUGGCCCACUAGUGAGUUUAAGGCCAGUCUAGGAAAUAUGAGGUUAAAGUUUUGCAAAACAUGGUAGACUAUGCCUUUAAUCCCAGUAUUUGAGAAUUUCUGAGUUAAAAGCCAAUCUGAAUUUACAAAGUAGAUUUUGUCUCAAAAAACCAGGCUGGGUGUGGUGGCACGCUCCUUUAAUCCCAGAACUUGGGAGGCAAAAGGCGGGUUGGAUCUCUGAGCUUGAAGCUACUAGCUAGUGUUAUAUAGUGAGAUCCUGCCUUAAGGUCCCUGCCCCUGACCCACUGACCCCUCCCCCUCCUCUCUCACCUCUGUUUCUGUCUCAGCACACUGGGCUGGAGGAAAAUUACAUCAUCCAGGACUAUCUUCUUUUCCUCUACAAGUAUUAUUUCAGUCAAAACUUUCUUUGCCUGACUUGGUUACCAGUUUUGCAUGUAAGAAGCAGAAUUCUAUAUACCCCUAAUAAGAGGUUUUACAAAGUAAAGAAGUUGUGUUUGGUGAAACAUCUUUAAAAUGUGCAUUCAUUUACAUAAUGCAUAGGCCAAUUCUUUUAUAUUCUCAGCUUUUCUUUAGCUGAAGAUAUAUUGGUGGUGUUUUUUUUUUUUUUUUUUUCCUGAGAAAUAAGCUACAGAAUAAUAAACCACCAAAGCCACAUAGAAUAAGCAAAACUUUAGAGCAUGGUGAAACUCAGUGAAAUUAACCCUGUUAAUAGUAUACUAUGCACUAUGAACCUGCAUAGACCUGUUUUGCCACACUCACAAGCUAAUAAAGUAGAUAGGAAUUUACUUAUAAUCAUAUUUAAGAAAAGAGCUGCACAAGAACACAUGCUAAGUGUCAAAGCCAGAAUUUCACCUCAGAAAUCCCAAUUAAAAUACAAACGUUUAUUUAAAUAUGGGGUGGAGGACAGUAUCGUCAUAGUAACACUCCUCUUAAGGUGUGGCCAAUAGAGCCAUUGUUCUGAAUGCUUAGCUUUACAAGGAAGUGCUUCUAUAAAUUCUUAGGUUUAGAGAUGAUACCAUCCGGAUACCUUUGCUUAAACCGGGCAACCACAUCUGGGUCUAGUAGGUGUAUCCCAUCCAGUUGAUUUCCAAGAGUAAUCCUAAAACAAGGGGAAAAGAGGAGGUAAGCCAAAAAUCCUGUAAGGGCAUAAUACUGUUAAAAUAUUUACACACUCUAUUUUCUGGUACCUCCUGUCAUCAAAUGGUCAUGCUAGGUUUCUUUAGGCUCAGGGUCUCACUUGCCCUGUCUGUCCUGGAACUCUCUAUGUAGACCGGCUAACUUUCAAUUCAUACAGAUCUGUCUACCCCUGCCUUCCAAGUUCUGGGGCUAAAGGUUUGCUCCACUAUGCCCAGCCCAUGUCAGUUUUCAAAAACAGCAUAAGAAGUUAUUUGACAAUGUUACUACUGGUACAGAUGCAGAUAUUAAAACUGGCUGGACUUUAUUUAUUUCUUUGGUGGUGAUGGUGCUGGGGGCUGAAGCUAGAGGUCUUAUAUAUAUGCUGUAACAUGCAGCUGUACCUUUCACCAGGUUUCCCACCCCACCGCUUUUAGAGACAAAUUCACUAUAUUAAAUUUCACUGAAUUAAAUUCAUUAUAUAGCCUAGGCAGACCUUAAGCUUGCAAAGGAUCCUGCUGGAUCUAAGGAUUAGUAACUGAUGUUAGCCAGGCCUAUGUCAUUCGUAGUCAUUGCCAGUAAAUAAUCCUUGGAUAACCUGAAUGUUGUCGAUUCCAGUAAAAUGAUCUAAACAUAAACUUAAGCCAUCUGAGUUCUUUAAAGCCCAGUUGUGGACUACCAGAAAUAUAUACAAGUCAUUGACUUCUGUGUUUGAUUAUAAAGUUUUGUUCUUAGGGGCUGGCCUGUUCUCUAGUAAUGUUACCAGUUGGGUUGCACGUUGUGUGGUCGUCCAAAUAACUCAAUCUUGCGGGUGCCAGGGGACAAUCUCUCAAUCAUGCCAUAUAUUUCAUCUGGUUUAUGACUGGUGGAACGAACCUAGAAAAUAAAAACUCAAGCUACUUAUUCAAGAUUAUGGUACUGCAGAGAUGGCUCAGCAGUUACAGUUGCUCUUCCAGGGGACCUGGGUUCGAUUCCCAGCACCUACGUGACAACUCACAACUGUCUUUAACUCCAGUUCCAAGGGAUCCGACCCUCACACAGACACACAUCCAGGCAAAAUACCGAUGCAUAUGAAAUAAAAAGUAUAAAUUUUUAACAAGACUGCAA